UAUUUGAUUAAAAAGGAGAGUAAUUGAAUAUAUGAGUUCACGAUUCUUUCGCAUAGAUGGCACUGAAUGCGCGCUGUUGUCAAGUUCGACGAACGCUAUCUAAACUAGUGUUGUGAUGGAGACUAAAAUGAAAGUAGCAUAGCGGUAACCGUAGUACACUGUAUAUUAAUUAUUUCAAACACUUCUAAUUAUUUAUAUAUAUAUAUAUAAAAAGAAAAAAAAUCUUUAUGAUAAAAUCUAAAUUAAAAAGAACAAUGUUAUUUACUUUCGAAAUAUAACCAAUUUUAUUUCUAAAAAUGAGACUCCAAAAGAUCAUGUUAAACGUUAUCUGGGUAAUUUAGGAAAAUGAUGAAGUCGACAAGUAUUAAACUUGUGUUGAGUGUUGACCUAAAAAUGGACCUUGAAUUUUUAUAAUACGAAUGUUAUCUAUUACCAAGUAAAAAAACGAAGAAAAAGUGAGAAAGAAAGAAAGAGAGAGAGAGAGAGAGAGAGAGAGUGAAAGAAGGAGAGUAAGAGUGAGAGAAAGAUAGAGAGAGGAGAGAGAGAGAGAGUGAGAGAGAGAGAAGGAGAAAGAGCACAUCGAACUUCUAAGAUCGGUUGUGCUCUUAGUUUAGAGUAUUUUGUUAAUCAUCGUGACGAGGUGCGAUGAAGUAAAGCUGGAGGAUGAUGGGCGAUCAGUUUCGUAGUAAAGUGGAGCAGUACUCGCCAAAGUCAUCACCGAGGGGUGCACGUUCCCCUGUUGUUUCUCGCCAAGACUCGACAGGGACCCUCAAAACGACGAUUUCCCUCGGAAAAAAUCCUUCCAUCGUCCACAGUGGUCCUUUUUAUUUAAUGAAGGAACCACCUGGGGAGAGUGAACUUACUGGAGCAACGAAUUUGAUGGCAUAUUAUGGUCUAGAACAUUCCUACAGUAAAUUUAGCGGUAAAAAGCUCAAAGAACAAUUAUCUUCGUUUCUUCCUAAUUUACCUGGCAAUAUCGAUACACCUGGUCAUCAAGAUAAUAGUUCAUUAAGGUCCGUAAUAGAGAAACCUCCAAUUGGUGGUAAAGAAUUAUUACCACUGACUAGUGUGCAAUUAGCUGGUUUUAGAUUACAUCCGGGACCAUUACCCGAGCAAUACAGAUAUGUAAAUCAAGCACCACAAAAGAAACAUAAGAACAAACAUAAAAAGCAUAAACACAAACCUGGUGAAAUACCAACCGGACAAGAAACAGCUACCACCGAUAUCAGCAGUUCGGAUACACACGAAAAGAAACAUAAAAAACAGAAAAGACACGACGAAGAGAAAGAAGCAAGAAAGAAAAGGAAAAAGGAGAAAAAGAGGAAAAAACAAAAACACAGUCCGGAACACACCGGUGGGCUCACACCUUCUCAGCAUUCCAAUUCGUGAUCUCUAAAUUGUGAAAUAACAUUUUUAAAAUCCGUCGUCAUUCUAAUUGAUGCAAAUGAGUUAAUUCUAUAUAUUUUCACUUUAUACGUAUACACGUACGCGUCAUCAUAUUAAUAAAUGUUUACACCGUUUGUAUAUAAUCAA